AUGAACCAUGUGUCUGUAGUAGAGGCAACUACAAGAUCAUGCUCUCAAGAGGGGGCUAAAGCAAAGGAUAUAAAGGCCAUUUUCAAAGAGAUAAAAGCAGCAGUGUUUGAUGACUGUAAGAAAGAAGGUGAAUGGAAGAUAAUGCUCUUAGAUGAUUUUACCACUAGGCUUUUGUCAUCAUGUUGCAAAAUGACAGAUCUUUUAGCUGAGGGUAUAACUGUGGUGGAGAAUAUUUAUAAGAACCGUGAACCUGUCAGACAAAUGAAAGCUCUUUAUUUUAUCUCUCCAACAUCAAAGUCUGUAGAUUCUUUUUUACGUGAUUUUGCAAGUAAAUCGGAGAACAAAUACAAAGCAGCAUAUAUAUACUUCACUGACUUUUGCCCUGAUAGUGUCUUUAACAAAAUUAAGACUUCUUGCUCCAAGUCAAUAAGAAGAUGUAAAGAAAUAAAUAUUUCCUUCAUUCCACUUGAAUCUCAGGUGUAUACUCUUGAUGUACCAGAUGCCUUCUAUUACUGUUACAGUCCAGACCCUAGUAAUGCAAAUGGAAAAGAUGCUGUUAUGGAAAUGAUGGCUGAACAGAUAGUUACACUGUGUGCCACCCUGGAUGAAAAUCCUGGAGUAAGAUAUAAAAGCAAACCUUUAGAUAAUGCCAAUAAGCUUGCACAGCUUGUGGAAAAAAAACUUGAAGACUACUACAAGAUUGAUGAAAAGAGCCAAAUAAAGGGCAAAACUCAUUCCCAGCUCAUAAUAAUUGAUCGUGGCUUUGAUCCCGUGUCCACUGUCCUGCAUGAACUCACCUUUCAGGCAAUGGCGUAUGAUCUACUACCGAUUGAGAACGAUACAUACAAAUAUAAAACUGAUGGAAAAGAAAAGGAGGCAGUCCUUGAAGAAGACGAUGACCUUUGGGUCAGGAUUCGACAUUGGCAUAUUGCAGUAGUAUUGGAGGAAAUUCCCAAGCUUAUGAAAGAAAUUUCAUCAACAAAGAAAGCAACAGAAGGAAAGACAUCACUUAGUGCUCUUACUCAACUGAUGAAAAAGAUGCCCCAUUUCCGAAAACAGAUUACUAAGCAAGUUGUCCAUCUUAACUUGGCAGAAGACUGCAUGUCAAAGUUCCAGCCUAAUAUAGAGAAGCUCUGCAAAACUGAGCAGGACCUGGCACUGGGAACUGAUGCAGAAGGACAGAAAGUGAAAGAUUCUAUGCGAGUCCUCCUUCCAGUUCUACUCAGCAAAAAUCACGAUACAUACGACAAAAUAAGGGCAAUCCUGCUUUAUAUCUUCGGUAUUAAUGGCACAACAGAAGAAAAUUUGGACAGGUUGGUCCAGAAUGUAAAGAUAGAAAAUGACAGUGACAUGAUUCGUAACUGGAGUUACCUUGGUGUUCCCAUUGUCCCCCAAUCUCAACAGGCCAGACCAUCAAGAAAGGAUCGAUCUGCAGAAGAAACUUUUCGGCUUUCUCGAUGGACACCCUUUAUCAAAGAUAUCAUGGAGGAUGCCAUUGAUAACAGAUUAGAUUCAAAAGAAUGGCCAUACUGUUCCCAAUGCCCAGCCGUGUGGAAUGGUUCUGGAGCUGUGAGUGCUCGCCAGAAACCCAGAACUAACUAUUUAGAGGACCGAAAAAAUGGAUCAAAACUCAUCAUUUUUGUAAUUGGAGGAAUUACAUAUUCUGAAAUGCGCUGUGCUUAUGAAGUUUCUCAGGCACAUAAAUCUUGUGAAGUAAUUAUUGGUUCUACACAUAUUUUAACACCCAAGAAACUGCUGGAUGAUAUCAAAAUGCUGAAUAAAUCCAAGGAUAAAGUCUCUCUUAUUAAGGAUGACUAGGGAUUUUGUUUUGGAGGAUUCUUACUAAAAUCUUCAGCUAAACUAGAGGAAGAAAAUAUUACUUUCAUGUAAUUUAAAUUGUGAAACAUUUCUAUGGAAUAAUGACUUUU